AGCUCAUCAUAUCCAGAUUUAUAUCAUGUGAUAUGCAUAGAUAAUAGAAGAUUCUUCCAUAGAUUUGUUUAAUUAAUUAAUUCAAAUGGAAGAUUGUAUAUAUCUUAUAUUAUCUAUGAGUAUGACCUAUUGGAUCUAUUGGUCCGUGGUCCGUGGGUUGUAGAAGUCUGUUAAUUACACAUUAAUCCACAGUCAUUAUUAUAUAUUAUAUUAUCAUAUUUCUAAAAGUACAUGUCACGACCACGAGUAUAUGUAUAUAUUUGUGCUGUUAUCUCAGUGGAAGAACAAGAGGAGUGAUACCUCUUAACAUUGGAAUUGUAUUGUCAUAACUCAAAACUGCUUAGAUAAACGGUUUUGUGUCUGAUAGGUACCUACCUACUUUCAUUCAUUUGAUUUCGUAUUUUUGUCGAUAAAAACGCAGGUUAUAUAUUAAAACUAAAAUGGUAAAAAAGUGGUAAAUAAUUAAUACUAAAUAUUCGAUCGUCGCGCAGUGGUUAAUAGUUUCGAAAAUGCAAGUGGCUCGAAUCUGACUUCUAGGUGUGACGAUUUCUGGCCGUGAUGCCGGCCACGAACUUGAACAAGUUCGUUACAAACAGCUUGCCGGAGUUCCUGUUGCUUGCAGCGCAAUCGCUGGAAACCAUGUUCGCCAUGGACGCGGCGGUGUUGCGAAACCUCCAUUCGGUGAUCGUCUGUUACGACGUGCAAGUUUUCUACCGGAACCGUGGCGGCGUAGACGGGCCCUCUGUUAGCCUGGACGAGUUCGUGUUGUACUGUGACAGCAAGAUCCAACCACAGCUGGUCGACGGUAAAGGAGACGACGGCCCUCGGGACACUUACCUGUGUUCGAUGACCAUCAGCGACCUGAUCCGAAUGGAACCGUGGGCCCAGCUCUACAGAAUCGUUGGGACUCGCGUCAUGCGUCGCCUGCUGUUCGAUUGUCUGCUGUUCGUGCCGCUUGGCAGACACGUCUACUACUGCGUGCGAUCGCCGUCACAGUCAACAAGCCGGUACGAAGUGAUACAGGCGUUCCGGGUCCGGGCCAAUUCGCGAUGGAAGGCCGAGCGGCCGUCGAAGUCGAAACCACCGUCGCAGAAAUACUUCAACAUCGCGGGCUUACUGCAGAAAGUUCAGCCGAUCGGACGGCAAAAUUCGGCUGACAUGUUGGGUGGCAUACUGAACACCGAUGUCGUCAGCGUGGCGGAAGGCAGUCCGCGUGCCGCCAAGCUAGAUUGCAGCAGGGCUAGACCAUGCCUUGACCGGUUGGCGCGCAAACUCAAAGUGAUUGCGGAUAAGGACACUUCGCGUGCGUACUGGAACAUUUACCGAGACGUGGUGGGCGAUUGUUCGUCGGUCGAAGUGCCAUUGAGCAGGGUCAAGUCGUUCGCCAAGGCGGUGGUUUGCAAGAUCGUGCCGCGUGAGGUGUUUGGGACGGCCGGCAACCGUGACCAGUUCUGCGACAACGUGUGCCGGGUGUUGAACGGUGGCAAGUUCCACGACUUCGCAGUGCAGCACAUCGUGCACAAGAUCAAAGUGAAGAAGAUCAAAUGGCUGGAGAACGUGGCCGCGGACUGGCGGGCCGAGAUCGCGGCCAAGACGCUGGUGUGGCUGACCAACGUGUUUGUGUUUGGCCGGAUCGUCCACUGCUUCCGGGUCGUGACGACCACCACGCCCACCAACGGCGUCGCGUACGCGGUUAAAGCCAAGUGGGCAGACAUGUGCCACAAAAAAAUAUCGCCGCUGAUGGCUGCCAACAGCGAAUUUUUCCAACAAAUCCAGCCCGACGACCCGGAAACGUCGUCGUCGUACAGGAACUGGAAAGUGUGCCCGUACGCGAAACCCAACGGAGUGCGACUGAUAUUCAAGCUGCGGCGAAAAGAGGGCAGCAACGAGAAGCGUCUAACCGACAACUGCCAAACAUUCCUGCAGUGUUUGUCGCGCACUCGACCCUCCGAAUACCGAUCCGUGACGAGGCCGCAGUUCUUCCGCGGAUGGAAGGCGCUACAAGAAUCCCAGCGUCUGUCCGCCACCCCCGCGUUGUUCUACGUGCGCACCGAUUUCCGGGACGCGUUUACAAGCUUCGUUCACAAAAAACUGUUGACGGUCAUCCGGGACAGGAUCAAGGAACGUUUCGGCAAGAAUCAGCGGAUGGUGGCUGUGCACACAGUGGACGUAGUGAAAAUUGGCGGUGGCUCCGUGUACUACAAGAAGUGUCGCUACGUGGGCGGGCUGCCAACUCCCGAGUUCCAAGUCGGGUCACUGGUGUUCCACGACAAGACGGACGCGGUGCCGCUGUUCCGGAUCUGGGACGCGGUGCGCCGUUGCAUAGUCUGCAACGCCGUGGAGCGGGGUGGCUGCCGGUGGGGUAUGACCAGAGGCGUGGUGCAGGGCGACCGGCUGUCCGUGGCCCUCUGUGACCUGCUGCUUUCCGAUCUGCAUGCUGCCCGGCUAACGGAUCUGGUGGAUGGUCGGUCGGGCGGCCAGCUGUACCGGUUUGUCGACGACUACCUGUUUGUGUCGCCUGACCGAGACGCUGCCCUCCGGUAUCUGGCCGCGAUGCGCGCUGGGUUCAACGAGUACGGACUCAGGAUUAAUCGGUCCAAAACCGAGACGAACGCAGACAACAGUGACGUUGGCGGUAGGAUGGUCAAGUUUUUGGGGUUCCGGUUGAACGCAGCCACGGGCGAGGUGACCAAGGACUCGUCCGGGUACCGGAAUCGACGGCCACUGCACUUCUUUGAUUAUGGGCUGGGCCGCGGCCAGCCGGGCCGGACCCUGUACACCAAGGUUGGCCGGCCUAACUGGCACGUCAUGCCCGGCGUGCUGGUCGGCAAGUCGUUCAACUCGGCGGCCACCGUGGCCCGAAACGUGGCGUCGGUGGUAGCGUACAAGGCGUUUGCCGUCGUCACGGCCGUCAAGCAGUACUUUUUACACCUGAACCCCGUGUUCCUCGCCAACAUCGUGCGCGCCAUCGCCCGGAUCAUGUACGCCAACGCGCGCACCGUCGUCCGGUACUCGUCCGUCACGCCUAUGCAGUGCAAGUGGAUCGUAUACGAAGUGUACGCCACCAUGUUCCGCACACAUUUUUCGCCUGACGACCGUCGCAUCGCGUCGGCCGUGCAUCGGAUCCGGGUAACGCAGACCGCCGUCGGACGAAAGUGCGUCACUCGCAUUCUGAGGGCCGCCCUGAGACGUCAUGAUUUUGCCAAAAUGUUCGGUUAACGAAAGACUCGCACCUGUGGUAAUAUUUGUUAUUGAUAUAUUAAUUGUAUUGUAUAUAGUCGGCCACUAUUAUAUCAUUGUGUCGUGUUCUCAAUAAUAAUAAUAAUUUAGGUGUUAAUAUAAUUAUUUAGUUUUGAUUACCUAUUUUAAGGUCUUGUUAACAAUAUAUUCGUUUAUUUUCUGUGCGAAUGGUAUAACUGAUAUAGGCUCACAUAUACUUUUAUAUUAUGCUGUAAUGAAACCGCACAUCUGUACGUAUAGAAGCCGGAAGGUAUAUGGUAUGUGGUAGGUAAAUGGUAAACCCCGAUGUUGCGAUGUGGAUGAGACUGUGUUGUCACUCGAGGUUCUGGUUUAAAAGUUAGCUAUGGCUAACUGUCUACAGACACAUAGAUAAUAUAAGAAUCCAUAGGCCUUUACUACAUAACAAAAUUAUGGGUGGCGGUCCGGAAUGUGGAUGAGAGACAGACUGUCUUUAUAUACCUACUGCUCUUACUUCAGCAAGGGGUUUUAUACUUAAAUCAUUUGUUUUAUUCGUUUUAUAAUAAUUCUUAAGACCCCGUUAAAUACCUCAAGAAAACGAAAUGUUCAUACCUACUCAUUACUUGAAAAAUUAAAAAUAAAUUAAGGAAAAACGGGAAUUUUUACGCAAAAUUGGGUUUCGACAAAAUCGAUUUUGGUUUUUGGUGUAACUCUUAAAAAAAUUUGCGUAGAUACCUGAAAUUUUCACUGAAUGUUUAUUGUUAAUAUUAGCAAUUUCUACGCACCACACAUUUUACUAAAUAUUGCAACUCUUUUUGAGCUAUUUAUAAGCAUAAGAAAAUUUUGAGUUCCAUUAGUUUAUUUUUUCAUUAUUGUGGAUAAAAUAUUUUAUGCUUGUCAAAAAACUUGAAAAUGUAAUACAAUGUUCCACAUUUUGUAAUUAAAUGAAAGUUGAGCGUUAAUCAACAAUAACUUUUUAUGAGCGUCUGAAGUUAAAAUGUUGACAAAAUUCGUUAAUACACGAAAUUUGCAAAUUAUUUUGGAUUAGAAAUGUAUAAAAGUGU